AUGGGAUCUGCUAUAUCGACCAUGUUCGACCCUCCCCCCCCUCCCUCUCCCCCUCUUUCUCCUCUCCCUGCCCUCUCUUCUCCUCCCCCCCUCCUCCGCCUCCGCCUCCUCCGCCUCCCGCCCCUCGACCCCGCCUUCCCGACCGAAGGGCAGCGCGCCAAGGUGGGGCAUCUCUGGUACGACGCAAAGGAAGUGCUCCCUCCCUGGCAGAGUUCGGAGAACGCCACCGCCGCCAUUGCCGCCCGCCGCGAGCGCCUCAGAGCGCAGGCCAACUCCGAGCCGGAAGCGCCUCCGAUCGGACCUACUGUGGGCCCGCAGGCACCUGUGCGCCGCGCUGUGACGCAGCCGGUGCAAAAGGAUGCGCGGCUCAUCCAGGCCGUCGAGAGGAGGUGCAGAAGGCUCGAAUCUCUUCUCUUGAAGAUGAUGGACGAUGCUGCCGCUGCUCCGCGCCCGACAAUUGCGCUCAUGCAGCUAGAUAUCAUGGCGAAGUCGCAGGCUCUGGCAAGGCAGCGCUUCAUUAGCCGUGUGUCUGAAGCAUGGGCCCAAAGCCCGCAGCUAGCUCCUCGGCCUGUCCCUGUGGCUCGCGCUACUCGGCCGUGCCCUGGAAACUGGCUCGGGCUCUCCGACUUGCUCGAGGCCCUCCCGUCUCUCCCUUCCCCCCCUCCAGUUGCUGUCUCAGCGCCUGUCCCCAGCGUCGCUCCGGCGUCGUUGGCUUUGGUGCUCUGGCAGGGACACCGCAUUCCUCCUGCCCUGGAAGGGCCCGUGAGUGUGGCUGCGGCCAUGCUUGCGGUGCUCCAAAGGGUCUCCGAGGUCUGCACGGAGCGGAGAAGGGACGAGUAUACGGGCGGGGCUUCGUCAGCUCGUCAAUUGGUCCGGUACCAAGAAGCCGCCUACUACCGCAGCCGGGCUCUGUUCCGCCGGUUCCUCCUCGCCGUUGCGCGCCGCGAGGUGCGUGAUGCGCGGGAAAGGAGCCGCCGACCCCCCAGACCACGCCCUUACCGGGUCGUGAUCGACGUCGCCAGCGGAGGGGGGCACGGUGUGGUUGGUCCUGAUGAUCUCCAUCUCCGGAUGGUCAGACAGUUUGUUUUGCGCCUUCUCCAGGAUCAGGAGAGGCGCUUCGUUCAUUUGGGCAGUGUCGAGUCUGACUCUGACCUGGACCCGUUGGGGACCGGGGAGGACGAGGAGGAGAUGUUUGCUUUGGCGGUGGGGACUCCUCUCCCGGACGAGGAUUGGCCCGUCGUCUUGUACAAGGGCAUGGCUCCAGCGGUGGGUCAUGUCCAAGCCGGUGAGGGAAGGGCCGUGACAGAGACACGGCUCCUACUGAUCCGGUUGUAUGAUGCGUUCGCGGCUCGACAGAGGGUCCCCGGGUGUGUCGUAAGGAGCAGGGUCGAGUCGGACUCUGCGCUGGUCCUCCAUUUAGUGGGGGCCGGCAAGGAGGAGGAGGAGGAGACUCUCGCUCUUGCGGCGGAUACUCUUCUCCCUGACGAGGAUUGGCCCCUCGUCUUAUACAGGCCCAGCAGCAGCGUCCCAGCGGUGGGCGUUAUCGCGGCCGAAGAGGUCGGGGCUGUGGAAACACGGCCCAUGCUGCUGCUGACCUGGCCGUAUGAGAACGAGGUGGUUGUACAAGGGAGUACCGCCUUGUCGGAGGUCACGGACCUCGUCGAGGGCAGCCCCUCUGGCUCCCCCGGUCCAUCAGACAUCAGUGUUGACUGUAACUUGAUGGACACGGCCGAGGAGGCUUCGGUCUCCGAGGCACAGGGCGAGUCCGAGGCCGUCGGAGCUGUGGAAGAGCCCGCAGAGGCGCCACUGGCCGACGCCCUCCCCGAGGCACCGGUCCAAAGGGAUGAGGACCUUCCAGAGGCGCCAGUUCCCGUGCUGGCCGUGCCGAUGACGGACUCCUCCACGGCAGACUCCCAGCACACGGCAGCGCAUGCGGACACGGCGGAUGUGUCGCGAACGGCGGAUCUCCCUUCGGCGCGUCCGGCGGAGACAACGCAAACGGCGGAUCCGCAAACGGCGGAGAAUACGCGCACCACGGCGGACACCGAGGAGACGGUGAAGACGGGCGACGCCAGCACCGUCCCCGAGGCUCCCACCACCGCGGCACCAGCGGCGCCAAUCGUGGCGCAUGACCAGCCGGCCAAGGGCUCCCCAUUGGCUGCCACUGGAAGAAGGACCGUUGCCCCGCGGCCGAGGAGAGACAUCUUCCCUUUGGUGCCUGCCCCCAGCGAGCCCGGCACAUUUUUCCCUCGUGGCGCACUGUACGGUGUGCUCGGGCGGGGCGCGCCGACUGAGGGCAGGCCCACCAUCCUGAGCCAAGUCAUCGGGGUGUCGAGGGUCGGAGUCUUUCCUCCAACCGCCGGUGAAGCAUGGGCCUUCCAAGGUGACACCUUUGGAACCCCGACGCCGUUCGUCGGCGCCACCGCGGUGCCCGCCGUGGAGGAACCACGAGCCCCGGAGGUGCUGGGAAUGUCCAAGAGCAUCUGGGCUGUCCAGAGCAAUGAGGGGCGGGUCCCGGAGGCACCAGUCGCUCCCGCUCCCCCGCCGACCACGCUGCCCGCCACGCCCGCGGUGCCAAAGCAGCCCGAGGCUGCACCCGUCCUCUGUCGCCCUCCCGGCACGAUCCCUGAGGUUGGAGGUGGCCGUAAAAAGCCCCGCCAGCGCAGGAGGAAGGCCAAGGGGGGAGCCACGGCAGAAGAAGGGGGCGCCGAAGAAGGCACCGCUGAGGACCCAGCGGCCGUGGAGGACCCAGCGCCGGUCGUCCGGGAGCAGGAGCAACAGGCGCCAGUGACCGGUGACCCGCUUGCCAAAUACGUUGCGAGAUUGGCGCCACAAGGGGUGCGCGAUGCGCUCCGUGCACAGCGGGAGCUCGAGCGCCCGGCAGGAGGAUGGCCCGCCGGUCAUCCGUGCUGGGUGAACGAACAGAGAGCCGCGGGUGCAAUCAUCACGAGCGAGCAGUGGCUCGUGGUGGACAAGUACCUGCGAGCGGAGGCUGCUCGCAAGGCCGCCGACGCAGCGGCACCAGCCACCGCGGAGCAGAGCGUCUCUGGGCCCAAGGAGACCCCCGCAGUAGCCCCAACAGCAGCGGCCCCAAAGCAGCGCCCGCGCUCGGCGGCGCUGCCGCCAGCGACACCCGCUGCUGCUGUUGCUGCUGCUGCACCGGUGGAGGGUCCGGGGCGCAAUGCGACGCCGGCAUCGUCGACGCGGCGGUCGGCCAGGCUUGCGGCCAAUGCUGCCCGCGAGGAAGUGGGCACCAUCGGAGGGGGCGGCCUCACUUCGGUGGGGUCGCGCCCAGUGACGAAUCCCGCCUCCCCGGCAAUCGCGCAGCCGUCUGCUGCUGCUGCUCCUACUGCGGGCCGUCAGGUCAGUGGUAGUGGUGGUGGCGGUGGACAGCGGCAAGAGACCCGGGAGGUUCCUCACCGUGGGGAUCUGGGGGCUUCAAGGGGUUCGAGGGGCCAAGGGCGGGCUCCUCCAAGACCGACCGUCGAGGAAGGCGGGGAAGAGGAGGUGAGAAAGGGGGGGCGUCCUCGCCGACGCCGGCACUAG